AUGUCCUCUCAAUUUACAGUGCACGUAACUACUUCGAGAAGAUACCCUACACCCAAUUUCUCUACAUUCACCCCACCGAUUAACCUACCGUUCCCCCCUACCAUUACAGCCGCCGACAUUGUCGAUAGAAGAAAUUCUUCACAAUUGACGAUGAAAAGUCCCAACGCAUUCUUUAUUUAUCGUAAAGCCUUUUUAGACCAUCUUUCCGAUACUUAUCAUGAUCUUAAAAUGACCGAUGUCUCUAAGUUAGUUGGAAUUUGUUGGAGAAACGAACCUGAGAUCGUUAAAGAUGAAUAUAGGAAACUUUCUAAGCAAGUUGAGGUCGAGUUAAAUAACAAACGUCAAAGGAAUGUAUCUUUUCCAAACUUUAAACUGACUACUCCAGAUUAUUCUUCUCAACAAUACGUAUUUUAUGAAUUCAUUCCAAACUCCGAUCAAACAUCUGAUUCAACUUCUGAUUCAAUCUCUAAUCCAACUCCUGAUAUAACUCCUUUAACAUCUCCAAAUAUCGAAGGCACAUCACCAUUUUUUACAAAUCCUAUUACUGACUUAGCUUAUGAGACCACCGGUCAUGAUACCAGUUAUCAACAUAAAUUCAACGAGGAUAGAGAAAUUUCACCUAUGGUUGAAUGCGUUGGUAUCCCCGGUGCUAUUUUUAAUAGCCAUGAAUAUCCGAACCCGUUUUAUGAUGUUUAUAUUCAGCAACAAAGCGAUCUUUAUCAACAAUUCACUUGA